CAAAGGCUGCCACAGCGGGUAUGGGCAACGGUAGCAGGCAACACAGACAAACUGUGGCUGGGGUGUGGGACUUGUGUGCUGAUGUCAGACAGGAGACGCAGAUACGGAAAAGGACUCGCAAAGUAAAGUGGUAUCGUUGUUUUACUCAAAUACCGUGCGUCUCAACUUAGACUACCAGUCAGGUUAUCUUUGUAAGAUAUUUAAAAAAUGUCUUUUGUAAGUGAUACAUUGUACAAAAGCUACAUUCGGCCCAACAUGCCCCGUUAUGUGGAAAAAGUCAAAGUGAAUCAGGUGUUAAUGUAUAUUACCUGUCUCACUGACAAUGACAAGGAGGAAAUUAACGCCAAACUCUCUUCGUCUGGUAAUUCUAUUGCUAUGCAAAUGUUUUUUGAUUGUCUCAAGCGAAGACAAAACUGGCCAAGCGAGUUUAUUGAAGCUCUUAAAAAUGUCAGUCAGGAUGACCUGGCCAGCGAACUCGAGAGAGAGUAUUCCAGACUGAAGUACCCUCAGCGUGGCAGCCCAGCCCCUGCUCCCCAACAACCACCUGCCCCUUCUGUACCUGAUGCUCCCCCAGCAGGAGCUCCUCCUCUAUGCUCUAGUCCCCCACACUCUGCCCCCAUGUCUCCUCCCCCAUCAACCACCAACCAGCCCUUAAUCCGAUUAGAAGCUGCAGUCUACACCCAUGGAAAUAAUAAUAAUAAUCCAGCUGCAGCCCCAGUAGCUGCAACUCCUCCAACUCUUCCACAGAAUCCUUCAGAACCUCAUGCUUGCGUCUUACCUUCUUCUCAGUCUCCCCUCCCUCCUCCAUCCCCAGUAUCUAAUGCCAGUGUUCAGACAUCCCUCCCAGCAAACCUCCUCCAAGGUGCUACCUCCUACUCCCAUGGCUCCCAUGCAAUCUCUGUAUCAGAGCCAGAAGUAGCCCCGGCCCCUUCUUCGAUUCUGUCCAGUCCGGAGGGGAACAGCAGAAGAGACCAGGUGGAAGUGAAGACCUCAGUUCAGGAAACUGCACCUCCACAUACCAACUAUAAAACAGUGCCAAGAGCUACGGGACCUCCAAACAGCAACUCCGAUACAAAAAGAAAUCAGAUUGACGCAAACCAUCAGCUUACAGGGACACCACAGGAAAACAGAAUCAGAAGGUCUGUGGAUUCUUCCGGGAGGCCAUCUGCGGGCCCAGGCCACACUGAGGCCAUCCCGUCAAUUAGAGGGGCCACAGCAGGAUCCGGGACAGAAGAAUAUUUAAGUAAGCCUGGCAUGCUAACAUUAACCAACACUGAUGACCACCCUUGCUCCGUGACUUCCAGUCAGCUCCAGUUUUCUAGUGGUGUAACAGAAAGCCCCUCCAUGUCUGGUGUCAGACAGGUCCCUGAAACUCUUAUUAGGGGAACGCCACCCAGUGGCGCUGAAGAUGACUGUUGCCCGUCCCAUGACACCUCUGCAUCAUCUCCCUGCUACAGUGCUGUGCCCAAUGGCCCCUUCAAUUUUGAAGAGUACAACAAGGAGCAGAAGAUUAAGGCGUUAUCUGGCAAUCGGAACCCAAACCUGGUGGAGAGUUUAGUGGCUGUUGACAACCCCCUUCAGAUACAGCACGACACUUUCCCAAAACUUGCUCAAAGUCCUGAAACAAUUGGGGCAUGCGGUCCAUCAGAAAAUUCAACCAUUAACAGGGGAGAGCACAGAGAGAGGAAACAAAGAAGCCCAAUUGAACCAUGGCGCAGUCUUGGAUCAGAAGAAAUUAGAUCCCCAAAUAUCCCAAAAAGCUACAGCUCACCCACAGAUCAGCAUCUUAGUACAAAUGGAAGAGAAACCACAGGGGGGACACCCAGUUGCUCAAAUGUCAAACAGAUUGUGGUGCAAUUUUCACAAAAUCCCAGUAUCGAUGAUCAUGCUUCAAAUCAGUUUAUAGGGUUGAGAGAAGAAUCUCCUCAAAGUGGUCGAUCUUGGUCUGACUUGGAGCGUCCGCAAACAAGUUCACAUCCACGUGAAUGGGAGAAUUUAGGAUCAGUCACGCUGCAGUCCCCUGAAAAUAACCAGAGAGCGCCCAGAGGUGAUGCAAGAAGACAGUUUGAUGGCUACCUGGUCCCAGCGAUUGCCAUUGCUGCUUUAUCCGUUGCUGCUGUGCUUUUGUGGAGAUACAUGAAAAAGUAGGAGACCUGUUAAAUUCAAGCUACAGGUUUGCUAAAAUAAUUACUACUAAUUUAAGUUGGAAGUACUGCUAAAUGCAAGGAAUUUGUAUUUAGCAGUAUUUCUUACUUAAUUUUUUGUAUUUAGCAAUUAUGUGGCAUGCUGCUAAAUUGCUAUAUUUUAAAUGUAAAUCUAAAAUCAACAGAUUAUUGGGCUAAAAACAAUAACAUUAUAACUAAGCAAAAAUGAGGUACUUGUUCUUGCGCUCAGCAAUCGGGUGUACUGAAUGCCUUUUCCGUAUUGAAUGCUACAAGGUAAAUACGUUUGUAACAGGAUCACAUUUUGAAUCCUAUCCCUACAUUUAUUCAAAUCCUAUAACCAGAAUAAUGUUGUGUGUUCUUGGAUUAAAAAAAAAAAGUUAUCAGCCUUGGCAACCAACUCUGCAUUCACACAAUGGACAUUUACAUAAUUUGACCUUUGAUCACAUUAAUGUAUUGCUUUGUGAGAGAUUAUCAAAAAGCAACAAAGAUUGAUUUGCUACACCUUACUUAGUCUUUCUAUUUAAACAUAUGUGUCUUGUUUGUAUAGUUUAAAUCUUUUGAGAGAGUACAUUGGGGAUUGCACUGUAACUUGUUGUUUUAAAAGAAAGCACUUUGAAGCUGUAAGUAUUUAUCAAUGCAAGUUUUAAUGCAACAUUUUAAAUUGUGUUCUGGCCUGUUCUGUCUUAAUAAUGUAUAAUCAAAUUUCAGCUAUCACUGGUAAUUGUUCAGGCACCUGGUAGUGUACAAACAUUAGGGCACUGUUUACUGUUUCCAUGACAAAAAAAAUGUGUUUAAUAUUCACAAAACUGAAAAAAAAUUUUAUUUAAACAACAUUCAUAACUAUAAAACACUCAGUAGCGCUACAAUGCUAAAAGAAGAUUCAGAAAUGAAAUUACAUCUGAAUAUGCCCCAAAUCCUAACAUCCAACUUUUUUUUAAAGAAAACCUAUGUACUAGAGUAGCACUGGGAUAUUGUAAGAAAUACAGAACCACUGGGGCAGGCCUUUUCUUGUACUUUUUACUGAGACGCCUUGCUUAUGAAGUAUCUUGGUGACUGAAGACUUUAGUAAGCAACCUAAGCCGUGUCACAUUUGCAGUGGUGCCCCAAAUAUCCAUUUACAACCAAUGUAGAACGGUUGCUCUUUAUUGCAUUUCUGGAAUGGUGAAUGAAAAGACUAGGUGCCCCAUUCAUCUAUCUUAAUACUUUUGAAAAGGCAAUGUAUACCAGGUCCACCCUUGCCGAUGCCCCCUGGGGGUAACACCAUUGGGCUAACUAUAUCAGAAAUGGCUUUUGGACAGGCACUUGACAAGAUCAUAUCUGAAACAGUAAUUCCUCAAAUGGCUUUUAAUAAGCAAAUAAAAUACAGAAUACAAGUAAUCCAUGAUAUCAGGGGGUUAUCUUACCAAAGUAUACUGUCUGUAGAAUUAAACUCAUCCAGAACUCUGCUGCCCGCCUGGUGUUCUCUCUGCCUCGCUUCGCCCACGCUACUCCACUACUCCGCUCGCUCCACUGGCUCCCGAUCACCGCUCGCAUCCAGUUCAAGACUCUUGUACUAGCCUACAGAUGCCUUGACCAGACUGCACCCAGCUACCUCCAGACCCUCAUCUCUCCCUACACCCCCACUCGACCUCUCCGCUCCACCUGCACUAGAAGACUGGCUCUACCUCCGCUACGCUCCCCUGCCUCCAGAGCCCGCUCCUUCUCCACCCUUGCUCCGCAGUGGUGGAAUGACCUUCCUACAGAUGUCAGGACUGCCCAGUCCCUGACCACAUUCCGGCGCCUCCUUAAGACUCACCUCUUCAAACAGCACCUGUAGAACUCCUCUGUUUGUAUCCUGGGACACUAUCACCCUUCAUUUAAAUGUGCUUUAUUUUGCUCUUAUCUGCCCCCUAUUUUACUGCAUUUAAUCCUGUACUUCAGAAUACUGUAAUCUGCCAAGUGUUUAACCUGUAGUAUUUUGUAUUUAAUCAUAUCUUGAUGUAACUAUCACUAUUUAAUCAUAUCCUGAUGUAACUAUCACUAUUAACUGCUGUAUUAUUGAAUUGUGGUUUGUCACACUUGAACAAAAGUUAUUGUAUUUCUUGCUCUUAUUGUAUUACUUGUAUUGUAACACUUGAAAUGUAUUUGCUUACGAUUGUAAGUCGCCCUGGAUAAGGGCGUCUGCUAAGAAAUAAAUAAUAAUUAUAAUAAUAAUAAUAAUAAUAAACAACAUGUAUCAGUCGGGGCUCCCGAGUGGCGCAUCCAGUAAAAGCACUCGCUAGAGUGCAGGAUGCACUCUAUAGCCUGGACGUCACCGGUUCGAGUCUAGGCUAUUCCACAGCGGACUGUGGACGGGAGCUCCCAGGGUGCGGCGCUCAAUUGGCCGAGCGUCGUCCGGGGGGAGGGAGGGUUAGGUCGGCCAGGGUGUCCUCGGCUCACCGCGCACCAGUGACCCCUGUAGUCUGGCCGGGCGCCUGCGGGCUUGCCUGUAAGCUGCCCAGAGCUGCGUUGUCCUCCAACGCUGUAGCUCAGAGGCGGCUGCACGGUGAGUCUGCAGAGUGUAAAGAAGCGGGCGGCUGACGGCACACGCUUCGGAGGACAGCGUGUGUUCAUCUUUGCCCCUCCCGAGUCAGCGCAGGGCUGGUAGCGGUGAGCUGAGCCUAAAAAUAAUUGGGCAUUUCAAAUUGGGGAGAAAAUAAUAAAAACUAAUUGGCAACGACUAAAUUUAAAAAAAAAAAAAAAAGUGUAUCUGUCACCAGGUAACCUUUUUUAAAUUUAAUUUAGUUGCCUGAU